UUACCAUUCUCCUGCCCCAGCCUCUGGAGUAGCUGGGUGUACAGGUGUGAACCACUGUACCUGGUUAUUUCUUUUAUUUCUUUCAACUCUGUGGUUUGUGGCUCCAGCCAGACAUGGGUUUGCCCACUCCUUAUUGGAUUUGGCAGGCUGUUCCACCAUCUGAGAUGUUCUAUCUCCUAUGUGCCGGCAGGCUACUGUGGUCCUUAGGCUACUGCCACAAACUCACCUGAGAGCAAAAUCUGGGAUUCACCCUCUGAAUCAGACUCUGAGAGUUGUUGGAGGGAAAGGUUCUGGGAUAUGCAUUUUUAGUAAAUGCUCCAGGUGAUGAUAUUAAAGGUGCAUAUAAAAGUUUGAGACCACUUUGCUAAUUUAUGUCUUUACCAUCUUUUCCAGGAAGUUCACCCAGAUUUCUCCUCUGAGUAAUUCUCUGAUAACCAGAGUGCUCCUCAUCUUUGUCUAAGGGUCUGAUUAACUGUCAUAUUUGUUUUGGGUUCUUCUGGGUGUGCUGUCUCCCACUGGAUCAGGGAACUCCUAGGGAGAAAUGCCUGGUCCUCCCUUUUCUCUUGUCAUUCUAAGCACAGAUGUUCCUGGUUCCUCCUGAGUGUAGGUUCUCCUGGGAUUCUGUAGGAAGUGAGACUCUUAGAAUCCUGCUUCCUUACUUCUCCAGAUACUUGGGAGAACCUAACUUUUCUGUCUUCCUAUCAUUCUAUUUCUGACUUUUCUAGAUGGUCUGGAAAUUAUAUUGCUGUAUCAUAUCAGCCUUUGCUUUUCCAAUCCCAUCUUACCCAGGAUGCACUAGGUGUGGGCCAGCCCCCACCCCACCCUGACAACUGACCAUGGAUCCUGGAGCCGGGUCCGAGUCCUCUCUGACUGUCAAUGAGCAGGUCAUCGUGAUGUCAAGCCACGAGACCAUCCGAGUGCUAGAAGUUGGAGUGGAUGCCCAGAUCCCUGCUGAAGAUGAGGGCAAAGGACUGGAGAGUGUGGCUGCUGACAGCUCUCAGAGUGGAGGCCCUGCCGAAGCCAGCAACCCAGGACCAGACAACCCAGACCCCUCUGCAGAGGCUGUGAAGUCACUUCCCGGGAUCCCUCCGAACCCUGCCCCCGCUAUUGCCACCUUCAGCCAAGCCCCAAGCCAGCCUCAGGCAUCGCAGACCCUGACACCACUGGCUGUACAAGCUGCCCCCCAGGUCUUGACUCAGGAAAACUUAGCCACAGUUCUGACAGGAGUUAUGGUUCCAGCAGGGGCAGUUACUCAACCUCUUCUUAUCCCCAUCAGUAUUGCAGGUCAAGUGGCUGGGCAGCAGGGGCUGGCCGUGUGGACAAUUCCUACAGCAACUGUGGCUGCCCUCCCAGGACUGACUGCUGCUUCUCCCACGGGGGCACUAUUCAAGCCACCUUUAGCUGGUCUGCAAGCAGCUGCCGUGCUGAACACCGCUCUCCCGGCACCCGUACAAGCUACCCCACCAGUCCAGGCCUCUUCACCGGCCCAGCCCCGGCCACCAGCCCAGCCCCAGACACUGUUCCAGACCCAGCCGCUGCUGCAGACCACGCCUGCCAUCCUACCACAGCCCACUGCUGCCACCGCUGCUGCCCCCACCCCCAAGCCAGUGGACACCACCCCACAGAUCACCGUGCAGCCUGCAGGCUUCGCGUUUAGUCCAGGAAUCAUCAGUGCUGCUUCCCUCGGGGGACAGACCCAGAUCCUGGGCUCCCUCACUACAACUCCGGUCAUUACCAACGCGAUUCCCAGCAUGCCAGGGAUCAGCAGUCAGAUCCUCACCAAUGCUCAGGGACAGGUUAUUGGAACACUUCCAUGGGUGGUGAACUCAGCUAGUGUGGCAGCCCCAGCACCAGCCCAAAGCCUGCAAGUCCAGGCCGUGACCCCCCAACUGUUGUUGAAUGCUCAGGGCCAGGUGAUUGCGACCCUGGCCAGCAGCCCCCUGCCUCCGCCUGUGACUGUCCGGAAACCAAGCACGCCUGAGUCCCCUGCUAAGAGUGAGGUGCAGCCCAUCCAGCCCACACCAGCUGUGCCCCAGCCUGCUGUGGUCAUUGCCAGCCCAGCCCCAGCAGUCAAGCCAUCUGCCUCUGCUCCCAUCCCAAUCACCUGCUCAGAGACCCCCACGGUCAGCCAGUUGGUAUCCAGCCUAGAGCCACAUACUCCAAAUCUGGAUGAGGAUGGGAUCAACUUAGAAGAGAUCCGGGAGUUUGCCAAGAACUUUAAGAUCCGUCGGCUCUCCCUGGGCCUUACACAGACCCAGGUGGGCCAGGCUCUGACUGCAACAGAAGGUCCAGCCUAUAGCCAGUCAGCCAUCUGCCGGUUUGAGAAGCUGGACAUCACGCCCAAGAGUGCCCAGAAGCUGAAACCAGUGCUGGAGAAGUGGCUAAAUGAGGCUGAACUCCGGAACCAGGAAGGCCAGCAGAACCUGAUGGAGUUUGUGGGAGGUGAGCCCUCCAAGAAACGCAAACGCCGCACCUCCUUCACCCCCCAGGCCAUAGAGGCCCUCAACGCCUACUUUGAGAAGAACCCGUUACCGACAGGUCAGGAGAUCACCGAGAUUGCUAAAGAGCUCAACUAUGACCGGGAGGUAGUGCGAGUCUGGUUUUGCAAUCGGCGCCAGACACUCAAGAACACCAGCAAGCUGAAUGUCUUUCAGAUCCCCUAGGGCUUGGCCCCCAGCCCUGUGUUCUAGCACUUUGUACUCUUCCCUUGACACCUGACUGUCUCCACUGCCAUGACAGAACCUGUCAUUUUGCCACAUCAUGAGACUCCACUGUGUGCAUGUGUCGAUGCCUCCCUCCUCUUUCCCACAUAUCUCAUAUCCUAGGGAGGCCAGAGGGGACCCAUGAGAGAGCCCCAGGUUCUGGGCUGAGCAUGACAAAGGAAAAGAUUUGUGGUGGUGCUUAGGGAAGCACUUUGCUAACAUGGUUUCUGAAGGGCAAAUUCUGGCUGGGAACCAGAAACUCCUGAGGAUCAUUAGCUCUUGCUUUUGAUAACAUUCUCUCUCCACUUUCCUUUCUCCUUUACAUCUCCUUUAUUGUGGAACCACAGCCUGACAUUACCUUCCCUCACUUCACCUACAGACAAACUAAACCCCUGAAAGGACUUAAGAUAUAAAAUUCAGAAAAGUUGCCAGGUGCAGUGGUGCACCUGUAAUCCCAGCAGUUUUAGGAGGAUCGAGAGUUCAAGGCCAGUCUCAGCAAUAGCAAGGCGCUAAACAAUUCAGUGAGACCCUGUGUCUAAUUAAAACACAAAAUCGGGCUGAGGAUGUGGUUCAGGGGUUGAGUGCCCCUGAGUUCAACCCCAGUACCCCACCCCACCCCCCAAAAAUCCAGAAGUUUCUGUGCUGCUCCAAAGGUCAGACCCAAUGUCUGCCUUGACCUCAAGGUCAGAAGGUUCCUGAAGUCCUGUGCCAGAACAUAUGAACUCCUCUCCCUGGUUCUUUCGGGUUUGGGAGAAGGGUUUGCAUUAAAUCAGAAACUUUUCUGUUACAAUCUGUGUUGAAAGAGCAACAGUAAACUUUACCUGUCCUGGAGUUGCCCUGGGCCAGCUGUGGGUCUGGAAUUUAGUAAAUAAGUCCAUUCUUCUGGGUUUUAAUCUAAUUUCUGUCCUCAGCCAUCCCCUCCCCCCAAAAAAAUGUGGGUUAAGAGAAUUUGCAGCUGGGCCUGCAGCGCACGCCUGUAAUCCCAGCUACUCAGGAGGUUGAGGCAGGAGGAUAAUGAGUUUGAGACUAGCCUAGGCAGCAUAAUGAGAUCCUGUCUCGAAGGAAAAAAGAGAGAGCAAGGACUUGCACCCUGGUAAAUCCCACUGCCCUGCAAGCAGGCAGCUCUGGAAAAAAAUGAGGAAAGGAAUGCUGAUUUUUCUCUCUCCCUCUUUUGCCCCCAUAGCCCCCCACCCAAUCCAGUAUUGGAACCUUCUCAAAGGAGCAAAUUAAACAAUAAACCAGACAGGAAGGCCCUGAGGGAAAGGACAAUAUCCAGAAAGAGCUGAUGGCAGCCCAGAAAGAUCUUUUGGGGAAGUUAAAGACUUAAUUCUAAUUUUCUUUAUAACUGUAAACCUUGGAUAUUGGAGAAAUCUCACUUUGUCCAGAGUUGUAGACCAUAUCUGUUGCAGGCAAUUCUCCCAGUGCUGCUCUGAGUCAGGACUACCCAGUUCAGGAUGAAUUUUGCCUGUAGAGGGAGUAGCUAUGGUACCUUGGGGGUUAGCAUCUUAUCCAAGCUGUGAAGUGAGUUUCCAGCCUCACUGUGACUGGACACCCCUUAAAAUGCAAUAUGUGACUUUAGGUCAGGAGGGACUAAGAGGUUGACUUGGAUGAUCCCAGACUUGCUAUAUACACUGUCCCUAAAGAUCCACAAGUCCCUGGAGUCAAAUAUCUUCUCCUUUCAUUAUUGUUAUCUUUAUAAUGCCUGGUCUCUAGCAGCUGUCCUUCACUGUACCUCACACGAUCUACCCUAAGUGGGUGACCGUCAAGUAAGGGCACUACUUCUGUUGGUCACUGGUGUAGAGCUACUGUACCUAGCUUCCUUUCCUGCCCACUACUGGCCCCUCCUAGGUUCUGCAAUGCCAUUGUGGCCAUCCUCUUGGUAACCCUGCCAGUGAGAGGAAGACAGUGUGAGUGUGCUACAACCAACCUGCCAGAGUGUGGUGGGAGUGAGGAGCGGGUGGGCAGCUUACUUGAGCCAGCCCCCCAGGAGAGAGUACGUCUUCAAAGGAGAAGCUCCACACUUCAGGCCAUGGUUAUAAACCUGCCUCUUUGAGAUGACAAACUCACUUGGGAGGGGUAUUGUGAACAAGUUUUCAGUAGGAAUCAUUUUCCAUAUGGAAAUCUUUCAAGGAUUCAGUGACUCAGACUACAAUGAGUUAGAAAGAUGUAGGUUUUCUUGCUCAAACACUUGCAUUCAGAGAUGCUUUCUUUUUUUGGGAAAAAAAAGUGGGUCACAGCUGGUGCCCUGGAAGUAGCAUAUAAUAUAGGGUGUGUCCAUGCUGUGAAUGUGCAGGAGGACACCAUCUGUCCUGUGGCUUGACAGGAAAAAAAAUCGUGAACCACUGGUCUAAAUUAGGCCUGGUCAUGAUUUCUUAGCCCCUCCCUUAUCUAAAUCUGUCCUCCCAAGGCUGGGCGAGAACUAAAUCAUUUUCUCCUCUACUGGAAAGAUGGGUCAGUCUUUCAGAAGAAUACCGGGACCUGAAUGUUUGCAGCUGAAUUCUCCAGACCGGGGGUGCAGGAUGUGCCUGAAAUAUAUUCCAAGCAGAGCUCAUUGGCCUAUGACCUCUGUCCGUGCUCCUCCAUCAGAGGAUCCCCCAGGAAGCAGAUGGUGCCUGGGCCAUUCACCUAUGAGGCAGUUUUUGUUUUUUGUUUGUUUGGGUUUUGUUUUCUUUGGUUUUGGUAGCAUCAUGCUCUGAGGGGUGUUAAAAAUUAAGUCAGAGCUCAGUGGCUCCUUUGCUAUGGAACGGCAGAAAUGAUUUAACUAACUGUAUAGUUUUGUUUUAAAUGAAAGAAAGACCAAAAACUUUCUGUGGGCUGAAUCAGCUGGGGCCUUUGACCCUGCACUAACCGUGGCAUUUUAUCCAGGCGAAGUCCAGGGAAAGCAUUCAGUCAAAUGAACUGAGGAACACACUUGAGUUUAGACUGAGCAACCGUGAUGUUUUUGUCUUCUCAGAAAUCUAGUCAUCUUCCUGUGUCCAGAUUUUCUUUCCUGCCUCUUAGGCCAGAUUCUGACAUUGAGGUUCUGACUGUGACCCAGCACAGGGCAAUGCCUACUGAGGGCUGGAGGGAGGGUGGGGAGGGGAGAAUUGGAGAGAAACACUUGGUGUAGUUGUGUGGAAUAAACAGUAUUUUUUCUUUUGUA